UGUGGUGUACGAGGAUGCAGAUCACCUUGCUGGUUCUGGUUUUUGUAAUAUCCAUUCGACAAAGUGUGGCAGUGAAAAAAUCUUCCGAAUCUUUGGCUAAAGAAUCUUCCACCAAUACCAGCAACAGUAUAAAGGAGAACGGAAAGGAUGGAAAAAAAUUACCCGGUCCAGCAAUUCUUGCAAUUGAAAUUGUUGACCCUAACGAAGAGGAUACGGCUGAAGUGAAACGGGAGGAAAAAACAAAAAGAACAAUAGAAUCGUCCUUGGGUUAUGGUCGUUCUGGAGGAGUUCCUAAGUCUCCCAAAUUUAUGUACUAUAAAUAUUCGCAACACGAUAUCCCUUCACCUAGUAGCCAUUCGAAGAGGAGCCAGAAAAUUAAGAAAGGUUCGCCAUCAUCACAAGAAAUCGACUCUGGUUUGCCAUUAAAUAUUCAAAAGUCAAUCGAAUAUAAUUUAGGUACCCAAGUAUCCGUCGUUCCAUCAAAAUCAUCAGGAUAUUCCACUUCUCCUACUGAAAACAGCGCCGCGGCAUCUUCAGGACACCCGUCUGGGACAACAUUAUUCACUACUGUUAACUCCCAGGGGCAAUUAGGAACCCUCUCUCCUCACUUAACUUAUCAAAAUCUAGGAGCUAAUGGACCAGUCGUGCCUGUAAUUAUAUUAAGGAUAUACACCAAUCAAUUGGCAAGUCCAAAUGAAGCUGUGUAUCCAAACCUUCCCGACUCAGAUCCUUACGCUGGAUUAAACAAUGUCAAUAUCAUGGAAAUUGUUCAGAAGUAUUUACGACAAAUUUAUCAAAACCCACAUGGCGUCAAUGAAGCUUCAGUAAACCUGCAUGGAGCCAGGAGUAUGCCUAGUUCAUCUGCUACAUAUUUGCCCCCCGAACAACCACAACCUGAUCCUUACCAAUAUCAACAACAACAGUAUUUACAACCACAGUAUGAUGUCAGUCAGCUUCAACAGCUUCAACAACAAUAUCAGCACCCUAUGUAUUACGCUGAUCCAGCACUCCAAAUGAUGAUGACUCCGCAAUAUAUUCAACCGGACUAUAGUCAAGCGUACUCCCAAUUCCCGUAUCAACCCCAACCUACAUAUCAGCAGGUUCAAUAUUCUCAACCGGAUUAUAGUAACAAAUACUACCAACCACAGCAACAGUAUCAUACAAACGGACAACAAUAUACUACAAGUGGGCAACAAUAUACUACAGACGGACAGCAGUAUUAUCUUCCACCUCAAAGUUCUCAAAAAUAUGCGUCAGCUGUUUUACCAACUGAGGAAAACUAUCCCAGCAAAGACCACACAAGAGUCAUAUUCCAUUCAAACACUAGUCCUGAGUCAGAAAAGAGCGCAAGUGUUGGUGGUACAACUGAUGUGGCUAACUCUGCUGCAGUGGCUAAAUCUCCACUAUUAACUGGAACAUCUGACACUAGCCCUGUAACAUUUUCAAGUCCUACAGCUAGUUCAAAAACAAAGACAUCCUCGAAAACACCUACAUCUAUUGUAGAUUAUAACUAUGAUGGGACAAAGUCAUCUCAUCAGCCUUCAAAUGAAGCGCUUCAAGAGUAUCAAAGUUAUUCUUAUAAUCCACAAGCUUACGUACAACCAAGUUCUGACUACAGUCGUCAGUCAUAUCAGCCAAAUUCUUUCAAAACUGAAGAGUACAAAACAUUUGUAUCUAAAGCUUAUCCUACCCCAGAAUAUGCCAGUGCAAGUUAUCAGGCAUCUAGAUUAAGGAAUUAUCACUCCACGCAUUCAUCUGGUUAUCAACCCUCUGCCACUUAUCAAACCAAUAAUUACCAACCGUCAGCCACUUACCGAUCCAAAAGUUAUCAACCGUCAGCCACUUAUCAGUCUAAAAACUAUCAACCGACAUCCUACACGGCAAAAGAAUAUCAGCGUCCUACGUAUAGUGCCCAAAUUUAUCCUCAAUCUGCGAGUAAUGCUGACGAAUUUCAACCAGUAGUUUAUUCCUCAAAUGGUCAACAAGGGGUAGCGUACACUUCAGCUUCUCAUCAGUCGCCUUCCUCCAAAAGUAAGGAAUAUCAGCCUAGUUCUUACAGUGCUCAAAAUGGCGCAGAGUACACGUAUGAUCCGAAAUAUUAUCAGCAAGCUUUAGAGCAGUACCAAAAUCAAUAUUCUUCACAAGUUGUUAAUCCAGAAGUGAGUAAGCAUUCUGAUGUAGAACCUGACACUAGAGAGGCGUCCUACACUUACCAAGCAAAGUCAGAGGCAACCGACCAAAAUAAAGAUGAUAAUACUCCUAAUGGAAGUAGCAGAACGAACUACUACAGCAGUUCUGGACCUUCGACAAAGUCUAAAUACAUAAAAAGUAAACAAGGAUAACGAUAACAUAGUGAGGUGAAAAUGAACUCGCGAGUGUAAAAAACUUCUGUACCUGGUUUUCACUUUACUUAUGUGCGUUAAAAAUCAAAAAAGGUUUUUCGUUUCAUCCUACAAUUAUUUAACAUUGCCUUUCUGUCUUAACUUUGUCGUUAUCGUUUAAUUAGUAAUAUCUACAAGUUUUUUUUUAUAUAAAGAGAAGGUUGAUGUAGACAAUUACCACGACCAAUACUGUUAGUAUAUAAAAUGGAUUGAAAAGGAUAAUCAUUAAUAACAUAGUACUGAUAAUAUAAAAUUAAUUCCAACUUACCAAAAUAAAACUAAUAAUUGAUAAAAAAUAUUUACAGUCGUUUCUGUUAUUGU